AUGUCGUUAACACUGAAGCUGUCCUCCUUGGCAAUUAGGACCCUGUCCAAGCCUAUUGCUAGCCAAAUCAAAGGCCAAGCCCGCGAACAUGAGCGGUUCCGCAAGAUCUGCGUCUCUAUGGCGCAGGCCCUUCACAGAUUUGAUAUGCGCCUCCGAUUAGGAUCUAUUCGCGACAACGCAGCUUCUCAAAAACAAGCAGCGGCCGAAGCUGCAGCCAGGAAGCUCAAACCAACCUCGCCGACCGUCAAGAACGCCGCAGAAACCAAGGCUGAGGAGGAGGCAGAAGCCAAGGCCAAAGCUGCAGCUGAAGAAGCAGCAAAACCCCAUCACUACCGUAUCCGGCCCCUCUCCGAAUCGAAAGCUAUCGAGUCCGGCGCCAAUUUCAUCUCCGAAUCCUUCCUUUUCCUUGUUGCGGGAGGUCUCAUUCUCUUCGAGUCAUGGCGCUCACGGCAAAAGGAAAGCACACGGCGAUCAGACGUUGAAGGGAGAUUGGUCGAAUUGGAACAAUCGGAGCAGGCGACACGCGGAGCUUUGGUGGCUCUCGAAAAAGAGUUGCUUCAGCUCAGAGCUAAGCAUGGAGAGCUACCCAAAUUGGCGACAAACAGGAUCCUGCCGAAGGAGAUCUAUGAACAAGCCCCAGAAGUGGAAUCACCAGAGGUCCCUCAGGGAUGGUUCUCGCGCAUUGCCUCUUAUAUGACUUUCAGUCAGAGUGCUGAGCCGACUGGAUCUCCGGGUGUAGCUAAUGGCGAACCCGCAUCUGAUAAGUCCGCUUCGACGACGGAGACCUCAAAACCCGCUGCUGCCGAAAAGGCACCAGUAUCUGCGCCAAAGGGCUCCUGA